AUGACUAGGAGCGUCGGAUUACGACAAUAUCGAGCCUGCGUGCGCUGUCGCUCUCGAAAAACGCGCUGUGAUUUACAGAGUAUCGGAGAAGCUGGAAAAACCCCCUGUCUGAAAUGCGAGCGCGAGGGGGCGGAAUGUGUUCUCGCUGGCUCUCGACGUGGGGGCGAUUAUUCUCGUUUCCGACAAACGAGGAAGAGUUCGGUCCCGGAUGCACACGCUGAGAGAGUCCUAGGAGUAGUACCCCAUCUUGAUGCAAGUGUAUCUACCAGUUCUCCUGGCAAUGUUUCAAUACCAUCUACUCAUUACAGCGACCGCCCUGUACACGACAACUUGCAGAACCCGUCCGAUGCACUUUUGAUCCUGGCCCACGCUGCAGGAGAGCCUGGAGACCAACACCACCAUGAUGAGCGAGUCGAAUCUUUUGCUCCAUCACAGAGGAAACAUGCGGCGGCGAAGCCUGGGCAUACUGUCCCCAAUGGCCGAGAACACCGCAGUGGCACAACCUACCUCGUUCACCCAGGCCACGGCCAAGACAAUUUUCGGGAGGACGACGGUCAAACUGCCUACCCACCGUUGCAAAACCGAACAAUAAGUAUCGAAAUCGUAUCAACACUUUUGAAAUCAUAUCACGAAAAUUACCACCAAUUCUUCCCUCUCGUUCGAAAAGACCUCCUCGACGGCACAUAUAUCUGGAAAAACCUCAAAAAUGAAUCAUUCCUCAUUACCUCAAUCCUAGUAAUCGCCUCAAAGGACCAUCCCGACCUGGUCAACACACAUAAAGGAUUAUGGGAGUACCUCCGCCAAAGAAUUCUCGACGUGAUCUUCGGGACAGCGAGCACCCGACGCGUUGGCUACGUGGAAGGACUUCUUCUACUCGGGGAAUGGAAUCUUGUCAAUCACGGUCAAACCGAUGAUGGAGGUGGCGAAGCGGCAUGGUCUAUCCUCGGUCUCGCUGUGAGAUUAGCCUAUCGCCUUCGACUGGAAGACGCGUUUCGCGGCGACGAGAAUGAAGUUGAUCAAAGUGCCCAGCGGAAUCGUUUAGCAUGGACAUACCGCCAAAUAUCAAUCCGAAUGGGCCAAGCCUUCUGGUGCCGCGGCCCCGGUCUCGCCGUCCCUGUUACGGCAGAAGAUUUCCCCUCCCUCCGAUCUCAAGGCCCAAACAACGAAGAAGACCUAGCAACCUGGAUCCAAGCACAAGUCGAGCUAACGACUCUAUUCGGAAACGCACACGACAUCCUUUUCCCGUCCAAGGCUCGCACCGUCGAACUCAUCGUUCGAGGCGAUUAUGUGAAAUAUAUCGACGAUACAACGCGCGCUUUGUCCGCUUGGCAGUAUUCAUGGCGAGCGAUUGCCGUCUCGAAACAUUUGCGGAGUUGUCUGACGCUUAUGAGGGAAUAUCUUCGUCUUUAUGUUAGUGCGUUUGCAUUUCAGGCUGUUCUUUAUCGCGCUUCGAGGGUGGUUCCCGAUGAGACAACAGGGAAUCUUGACUUCCCUAAUUCAACGAUGGCAAGCCCAGAUGCAAGAUACAUAUACGAUGCCCUCGACGCAGCUGAGUCUCUACUAAAGAUUUUCAUCGAGGACUUCGAUCCGCAGAAUCAUCUGCGCUACAUACCUGCACGUUUCUACUUGUAA